ACGCCACACUGAUCGAACCUUCAAUGAGUGUUGAGUGGAGGCGCAAAGUUGGUUGCUGGCUAUAAGAAUGCUGUGCGAGAAAAAUCUGUGCUCAGUUGAUUUUGGCAGCCGGGCCUGAUAGUCGGCAGUAAGGAGUGGUGAAGUGAUAAACAAUCAAACAAAAGCAAACACGCAAAACUUAAAACUCCAAUGCAAGAAAAUUAAUUAAAAAUUAUGCAAAUAUUACGUGUAACAGUGGAGUUGUUCGUACAUACAUAUAUAUAGAAGUGAUGAUGAGAGGUAAUAGCGCGAAAAAUAAAAAUAAAAAAUAAUUAGAAAUUCGUGUGUUAAAUAUCGCAUUUUCUUAGUGCCGUUGUGAAUUUAUCCGUGCUGACUUAGGCUAUUGACAUUUGUAUGUUCUCGUGCGCAUGAAAAUAUAAAAAUAUACAAAUAAACAAAACUAUAAAGAAAUGCGUUGAACUAAAUAGAUACAAAACUAAAAAUUAUAAAACUUAUCUCAGAUAUACUUAUAUACACGGCUGUGCAUAAAGUUCAUCACAUACUCGUACAUUAUUAUGUAUUGUAUUGAAAAAUAAUUGUGUGUUUCAGUUUGAAGCGGUUUCAACCAGUUCCACAAUAACCGUGUUUUUGUUUAACUUUUCCUUUGGCUUUGCGUUUGGUUUGCCCCAAGCCAACACCAAUAAUAUUACCACCGGCAGAAAAAGAAUAAAAAAGUCAGUUGUAAAUUGCUCAAGUGCUGAGCUUAACCGUGAAGCGGCCAGGUGGAACAACAACAACAACAACAACAGUGAUAGAAGGGUAUUUUGGCGCCACACAGAAUGGAGAGACCACAUGAAAAUCCCGCCUUUAUUGGAGAUGACGGCAAAUCUGCAAAUGGCCAAUCGAGAGCAUUGCGAAAUUCGGACGAAGAGGCGCUGCCGAAAAAAGACACGAAGGAGAAUGAACGCGCCACCUGGGGCAAAGGUGUCGAGUUUCUGUUCUCCUGUAUUGCCAUGUCUGUGGGACUGGGCAAUGUGUGGCGUUUUCCUUUUACGGCGCUGGAUAAUGGCGGCGGCGCUUUUUUGAUACCUUACCUGAUAGUAUUAUUUUUAAUCGGUAAACCGAUUUAUUACUUGGAAAUGGCGAUAGGUCAGUUCUCGAGUAGCGGAUCGGUGAAAGUAUUCAACUUGUGCCCGGCCAUGAAAGGUAUUGGCUUAGGGCAGGCUUUCAUGGUAUACCUAUUGGCUACAUAUUACGAGUCCAUAUGUGCAUUAAUCGCAUACUAUCUGGUGCAAUCAUUCCGUGACCCGCUGCCCUGGUCCUACUGUCGACCAGAGUGGGGAUCGAAUUGUAUUGACUCAGCGCCACGUAGUUGGCUCGAUGGUGCCAAAUUCAUAGACACAAUGCGUGCGGGAGCGGGCAAUUGGAGUUUGGUUUACAGUAAUCUAACAAAGGACAAUAAUAAGCGCAUAAUCUCGAGUUCGGAAUUUUACUUUGUCAAGGAUGUGCUGCGCGAGAAGGAUAACAUUGACGAUGGCAUUGGUUUGCCCAAUUGGGAAUUGGUAUUGGGACUACUCGUAUCGUGGACGACGAUAUUUUUGGUUAUACGCCGCGGUGUGAAGAGUUCUGGCAAAGCUUCGUAUUUUCUGGCGUUAUUUCCUUACGUAAUCAUGGCUGUGCUAUUGGUGCGUGCGGUCACUUUACCCGGCUCUGUGGAUGGCAUCAUAUAUUUCAUUAAACCCGAUUGGGGUAAAAUACUGGACCCGAAGGUGUGGUAUGCCGCAGUCACACAGUGCUUCUACUCACUGUCCGUUUGCUUUGGCAACAUCAUCAUGUACGCUUCAUACAACAAGUUUGACCACAACAUCCAUCGCGACGCAAUGAUUGUCACCACUUUGGAUACGUUCACAUCACUCAUUUCGGGCUUCACGAUAUUUGGUAUCUUGGGUAAUUUAGCCUAUGAAAUAGGCACUGACGACAUCGGCACCGUGGUCAAAGGUGGCACCGGGCUUGCUUUUAUUUCGUACCCUGAUGCGAUUUCCAAGUUUAAAACGUUGCCGCAAAUAUUCUCAGUACUGUUCUUCUUGAUGCUCUUCAUACUCGGCAUAGGCUCAAACAUCGCAAUGACAUCGUGCACGGUGACGGCAAUACGCGACAACUUUCCACACAUUAAACAGUGGCAUUGCGCUUUGGGUAUAUCCAUAAUAAGUUUCUUCAUUGGUUUAGCCUACGUGACACCGGGCGGUCAAUUUAUACUGACUUUGGUGGACUUUUAUGGCGCUUCUAUGAUUGCGCUGAUUUUGGGCAUACUAGAGCUCUAUGUUUUGGGUUGGGUUUAUGGUGUGGAUCGUCUCUGUAAGGACAUCGAAUUCAUGAUUGGCCAUCGCGUGGGCAACUAUUGGCGUUGGUGUUGGGCUCUCAUCACACCCGGCAUAAUGACAUUGAUUCUUAUUUACUUCUAUGCGACAUAUCAAUCGCUCACCUACAACAAUGUGCACUAUCCCAACUGGGCAUAUGCUUUGGGUUGGACCAUCACCGCACUGGGUGUGCUUCAAGUUCCAAUAUGGGCUGUAGUAGCCAUUAUACGCCAACCUGGUGAGAGCUUGAGUGAAAAGGUGCAUGGCGCGUUCAGACCAGUACGCAACUGGGGACCGUCAGACCCCUUACUACGCGAACAAUACAACAAAGAUCUCGCGCACGACAACGAUUCGAGCGACACAAGUUGCUGGAGUAAAAUAAAGCGAAAUUUUACCGGUUAACCCGCUUGUUCUUGUGAUUUUUAUUGUAAAACAGCAGCUGCUGUUUACGGCUUGCCAAAAUUUCUGUAUUAUAGAUUUUAAAAUAAAUGUGUAUAACUAUUACCUGCAAGGUAUCUUAAAUAUGUACCUACGAUAAUUUAAGAUAGUUCGCCAAUACAAGCUUUAAAUAAAAAAAAUCUUAUAAUUUUAAAUCAAAAUUUAAA